AUGAAUGUUCUUGUUUGUUUUAGUUCAUUGAAAGAAUUCAUCACAUGUUUUGAAGAUCUCUCUAAUGAAUUAAUCUAUGAAAUAUUUGAUUUAUUAGAUUUUCAUCAUGUUUGUCAAGCUUUUGACUCACUUAAUGCACGAUUUUAUAAUCUUAUAACGAAUUCAACUCUUCCAAUUGAAGUGAAUCUUUCAUCUAUAUCAAAAUCGACGUUUAAACGAUACAAUAAAGACAUUAUUCUACCGAAUAAACAUCGAAUUCAUUCACUUCAUUUAUCAAAUCCGUGUUUAUAUGAUGAUAUUUCUUUGCCGAUUCAUAUUCUAUCCAAGUUUCUUCGUCUCAAAACACUUAGUCUUAAUAAUAUUGAAUCAAAACAUCUUGAAUAUCUCCUUCCUACAUUAGUUUCUUUACCAUGUCUCUCUUCAUUAUCGAUCACAUCAAUAGACAUUAUUGUAAACAGGACUGCUAUCUAUUCUCAGAUAAUUCGUCUGCCUGCAUUGAAAUAUUGCAGCUUAUCAUUGAAAGGAUCACAUUACAGUGAAGUAUCAUUACCAACACUCGAUAAAUACAGUACUAUCGAGCAUCUAAUCAUCAAGCACGAUAUUUCCACCAAUGAACUUUACAACUUAUUAUCGUCUAUUCCUCAACUUCGUCGUGUAUAUAUUUGUUAUAUACUCAACUCAUGGACGACGUAUAUGAAACCAUCUCCAUUUCUAUUACCUUAUUUAACACAUGUUUCACUAGAUCUAAGCUCCAUAAGCUUUGCUGUAUUCGAAGAAAUGGUUAUUGAUAUUUUUCAUGUAGUACACGUUUUACAUAUUUUCAUACAUAAUAAUAAUGAUCAAAUGUAUAUAAAUGCUAAUAGAUGGGAACAAUUGAUAUUAUCUCAUAUGCGAAAUUUACGUAUAUUCGAUAUUCGACAUGAAACUUGGUCGAGAAAUAUUACUACUAAUAAUCAGGUGAUAUUGAAUAAUCCAACUAAUACGUUUACAUCUUCAUUUUGGAGCGAACGAGAAUGGUUUUUUACACAACAAUUUAUUCAGGAACGAUAUAGAAAUUGUACAAUCUUCUGUUCAAUAGAACCAUAUAGAAGAAAAUAUUAUACAUUAUGUAAGCAAAUUCAUCCAUCAACUUAUUUAAAUUCGAAGAAAACUCAUUUGCAAUCUGUUCAACAUCUUCGCAUUGACAAUGAAAAUGAAAUAAUAGAUUGUAAAUAUUAUUUUCCAAAUGUAACUACGCUUACUCUUGAAAAUAGUCUUUCAUGUACCCUUAUUAAAUCUCGUUCUCUUUCAUUGACAAAAAUAAUUGAAAUAUUACAAUUUACACCUUAUAUUCGGACAUUAAUAUUCGAAUCUAUGCCACUUUAUGGGGUUAAUUAUAAAUCUAUUCAACAAAAUCAAACUUUUCAAUUAGUAUCCAAUACAAAUAUGAUUACAAAUGUGAUUUUUAAACAAAGAUGUACAUUAGAUAAACUUCAAUUAUUUGUUGCUUUAUGUUCUCGAAUUCAACAUUUAACAUUAGGUCAUGAUACGGAGGAUUUAGAAUCAAUAGUACGAUUUCUAUUGAAGAAGAGAAAUGAAAAUACAAGUAAUUUGUGCUCAAUACGUCUUGUAUCGACGUGUCCAUUUUUUCUUGCAACAUUGAGAACAUUGAUCGAAUCUGAGACAUUACUCACUGAUUAUAUAUUAAAAAAAGUCGGUACUAAUAUAUAUUUAUGGCGAUAUAAAAUUAUUCCAUUAGGAAGUCAUUCCUAUAUAGAAGUUUUAAAUGAACGUGAAAAUGAAAAAUUUGUACAGUUACCACUUUAUACAAGUCAACGAUAUUUAGAUUUGGAUAUUCCAUUCGAUAAAGCAUUGGUUGCAUUCCUUGAUUGUGUUAAUCAAUUCAAAUUAGCAAUUGAAUCGAAGAAUAAAGCAAUUAAUUCGAAAAAUAAAAGUUUUUGUUUACCAUAUAAAAUGAAUGGAAAGGGUAUUAUAAGUGAUAGUAAUGGUAUUCCAUUUAGCGUCAAAUUUCAAUUUAAUUCACAAGAAAACUGGACAAAAGCAUUAAAAUAUAUGUUAACGAAUUUAAAAUGGGGUUUGUCUUGGAUAACCAGUCAAUUACCUGAUGAUAUGACAACAUCGAAUGCUAUCCCAUCGUCAUCAUCUCCAACAGUUGCAUCGCCAAGAUAA